AUGCAGCCGAACCUCGGCCUGCUUCCCUGCCUCUUCUUUGCUUCAUUGGCGCUUGGAAUCAUGACACAGCUCGCCCAGCGUGGCGACAUUGAAGACUACGUGGCCACCUUUCGCGAGCAGAUCCCCCUCCACGAUGGCAUCGUCCCAGGGCGCAAAAAUGUCAAGACGGCGUUUCUACCCUCAGUGCCCGCCGCAAACGAGGAUCUCUCACGCGCUGUGACGUUUGCACGCCGCGGAGACUUGGAUUCAGCUCGUGCCAUUGCCGCACUCUACGCGUACGUGGUCGUUGAGUACCAAGACAUCGGCCAAGGUCGCAAUCGUGACUAUUUGAUACUACGCGAGGAGGCCGAUGAGCGUGGCGCUUGCAGAAGGAACUGGGGAAUGUUCGUUUUCGCAAAAUUUGGACCAAGAGGCAGCUCCUACGGCACGCCACUCUCGAUACAGGUUCCGCACCCCCUGUUCGACAUGAACACGCCUGAGCUAGGGAUCAGAGCCUUUAUCGAAACAAACGCAGAUUCCUUCUUCAUCGCCGGCAUUCAUCGAUACAGUACCGAGGCCGCAAAGACAUCAUCCACAUGGUCCAACGCGACCUCGUCCGACAUGGCGCACAAUGAGCACAGUUUAUUCCUUCAAUUGGCAGAAGACUUUACGCGACCCGCUGCGUUCAACCGUUAUCGCGGACUGCGCGCUACCACUGUAAUCCAGAUCCACGGCUUCGGGAACAGUGACAUGGAGGAUGGAAAGUGGACGUAUAACCCCAAGCGCACAUAUCCUCAAAUCAUCCUCAGCAAUGGCGACGAGUCAUUGCAAGGGAAGCGCGUCGCGAUACUCGACAUGCUGUCGCACGAGUUUUGGAAGCGUGCAUCGGCCGGCAACGAUCAGAAAAUGACGACAGGAGUCUACAAUGGAUGGGAGUUUGGCGAUCUUGGCGCGACUGGGAAUAUUGUCGGGAGGUGCAUUCGUGCGAGAGGCGACGGCUCGACGUUUAUUCACAUUGAGACGGAUCCUUCGAUUCGGGUUACUGAUGGCUGGGCAAAAGUAAGGCAGAUAGAUGCGCGCGCAGACCGCGCAGAGAAAUAUCGCCGGUUCGGCCGUACGCUGCGGCUGGUCCUGACGGCAGACGACGGCCCGGCGCAAUUCAUUGUACAGAAGCUGUAG